AUGGUGAGUAUUGGUCAGCUUCUGAUGCUGGUCCACUGGGUAGCUUGUGGCUGGUUUGGGGUGACGUGGCUACACGCCGAGAACUGGGUGGCGUCCAGCGACUUGCGUCACCGGGAUUCGUUUUUCCAGUACCUGACGUGUGUUCUGUGGGCCUUCUGUCAACUGGGUGUGGGCGAAAGCCCUUGGCAGCCGAUCAACACCACCGAAAUGAUGCUGAACAGUGUCAUCGCCUUCACCGCCCUCAUCACUGCUGCCAUGCUCAUCAGCACCAUGGGUGGCCUCAUCGCAGGGCUCCGCAAGCUUCACGAGGACGAGCUGACACAAUUUAGGCUCCUGCGUCGGUACUUGCAGAAGCACGACAUUCCUCUGGAUCUUGGCCAUCGGGUGACUCAAUUCUUGGAGCAUCAGUACACGGAGAGGCAGCAUGCCAGGUCAUCGCAGAUGCAGGUGCCUCUCCUCGACCUCCUCUCGCGGCCGAUGUUGCAAGAGCUCCAUUUUGAACAGCAUCGUCUGGCCCUCUGCAAAAUCGGUGCGAUCAAGGCCUUGCUGACGCAGGACGAUGUGCAUUGUCAUCACGCGCUCCACAGGAUGGCCCAUGACAGCCUGUAUCCUUCCGUGGCGGCGAAGGGGGACGUCAUCUUCGUCGGGGGCAACAUCGCAACCACCUCGUAUCUGAAGAUGAACGGCCACCUCAGCUACACGAAGGACGGCGAGUUCCAGUUUAUUGAUGACACUCGCUGGGUUGCAGAGAUAUGCCUCUGGGCACCUUGGGUGCACCUGGGCGUCCUCGAGGCACAGGCUACCUCGGAAAUGUUGAGCCUUGACGCUCCCAAGUUUUGCCGCCAGGCUUACUGA